CCUCAACUUCCAGCACUGUGGUUCUCAGCCCAAGCCGAUGGUCGUGAGCCCACUUCCCUCCCAGAGCAGCCCCACUUGGAAUCUGGUCAAUUUUGCUUUUGUUGAUCCAAACACCUUCUUUUCAUUCAACAACCUUUAAGAUCGAGUGAGGCAGUUUUGCCACAUGCAUGGACUGUGGUCAGAGGGAGGAUUACGGGACCACCAGAACAGUACAAACGAUCAAAUUGCCUUUAAAAAUCUCCAGUUUGGUGUUACAGAGGAGAAAUCGGACUUCACAGAGGGGACUCUGAUAUCGCCACACGCAGAGAUGAUGUCAUCCCUGGUCAUCCCACAGCUGCUGCAUGAGAGGGACGCUGCCGAGAGUGGGACCACAAUGGCCACGCCAUGCACCAAUGCUCGGCCACAUGCGUCGCCCAGGAAGCCAACCCCCGCAAACCAAGAUGGCACCUGCCGGCAGAGGGUGUUUGCGUUAUUGCCCAGCAGCACAGGAACUGUGGCUCCACCGGAAGAGCCAGGACUUGGGACAGAACUGUCCCCCAGGGUGGGCAGCCCAGUUGGAGAUCCCCACAAGGGUUUUGCCUCCAUCACAAUCACAGCCAGACGUGUGAACUCCCCAGCCAGCACCCUGCCAUGGGGAACUGUCAGGAACCCACUGUGUCCCAGGUGCAGGAUGGAGGAUCUCUCGGCUCUGGCCGGUGGGUCCCGUCCAUCUUGUAACCAAAGGUCUUUGGGCUGUCCAGAGUUCUCCCGAAAUGGUUCGGUGGUGAGGCUGAGGGUUCCUGAGGUCCAGACGCGGCUGUGUGAGAGACGUGACUACUGGGUCACCAGUGUGGAUGACAAGGAGAACAGUUUUUCUGCCAGAACCCCACCAUCUGGCCAGGGCCCUCUGGUGUUCAGUUCCUGUGUCCACCUCAGGGUGUCUCAGCAGUGUCCGAAUUCCAUCUACUACCUGGACAAAUCUCUCUUUGUUCCCAUCCAGCAACCUCCAGCCACCAGCCCCCAGCUGCACAGGUCGGUCCUGUCGCUGAACCUCAACUGUAGUUCGCAUGGGCUGACAGCAGAUGGAGUAGACGGCCUAGCGAAUGGAGAGCCAAGGCGGAGAGCCCAGAGCGUCCCAAGCCCACGAGGGAAUCUGGCUUCACAAGAAUGCCACCUGAAGCGAAAGCCGUCACUGGGGCAGGUGCAUUUGGGGGCAGGCACAUGUUCUUGGAGAGGCUUUCUGCCCCUGGAAAGGCCAGAAUUCUCAGGGGUACACAUGGCCCAGGCCACCGUUGGCAAAGGAGACGAGGAUCACAGCCCGCACCAGCACACCCGUGGUCAUGCCGGUCAGCUGUCCAUUCACAUCCCAGGCUGGAGCUACACAGCAGUAGAAACAAAAGUAUUCCCUGGAAGCAGCGAGAAGCAGCAAGAAGUGCGUGUGAGCUUGUCUGCUCCCCAGGCGGAUCAGCAGCUUGAAGGGGACGGCCCCCUGUGCCACGACUGGCUGGUUGGAGAGCUUUCUGAGUCCCCAGCGAGACACUGCCACACCUCGCUGAAGCCCACACUCCCUUUGCGUGGGCUUCUUUGCCCUCUCCACGAUGUGCACACUACUCUGCAGGAAGACAGUAGUGUUCAGAUAGAGAGAGAGUGCCCCACAGGCGACUACACAUGCUGUGACUUGGUUUUGAAAAUAAAAGGAUGUAAGAAGAGUGCCAGCGCCACAGCACCUGAGCCCUCACCAUCACCGCCUCCGCCUUCGCCUUCGCCACCACCUGCCGAGGGACCUGAGACCCUGGGCCUGUCAGAAAUAUCUUCCAGGCUUCAGCAAACACCUGCCGGCUCCUUGACUUUACAGGAAGCACUGGAAGUCCGUAAACCCCAGUUCAUCUCUCGCUCCCAAGAACGGCUGAAGAAGCUGGAGCGCAUGGUGCAGCAGAGGAAAACGCAGCAGAAGGAGGGUGUGGGCCAGACGCAGAGCACCCCUCCUGUCCGGGCCAGCAAGAAGCAGUUCACCGUCCCCCAUCCACUUAGUGAUAAUUUGUUCAAACCCAAAGAGAGGUGCAUUUCGGAGAAGGAGAUGCAUAUGCGUUCUAAAAGAAUCUAUAAUAACUUGCCCGAAGUUAAAAAGAAGAAAGAAGAACAAAAGAAAAGAGUGGUUUUACAGAGUAACAGACUCCGUGCUGAAGUCUUCAAAAAGCAAUUACUGGACCAGCUCCUUCAAAGAAACGCAGUCUAAUUGGGGCCGCCUUGCUGACCACUGCCUACACCUGGCUUGGCUCUAAACACCAGAUAAGCCAUUAAAU